GACCUGAAAGCAGUCGCUCGCUUCAAAAGAAUCGAAGUAAAGAUGGACUCCUGAGAAAUUUUUAUAUACAGCAGUCCUCGUUCGACUUAAGAAUACUUCGUUGUACUCGGUCGUUAAAUCUCCAUCCGGUGGGUCGCCCGGAGGGCUGACAUUUCUUUUAUGAUCACGGUCGCGGUGUGAACGAUGAUCGUACAGGAACCAGUGCAGGCGGCCAUAUGGCAUUGUUUGAAUCAUUAUGCCUAUCCAGAUGCUAUAUUUUUGGCAGAAAGGUUAUGUGCGGAAGUGGACACGGAGGAAAGUUUAUUUCUUUUGGCAACAUGUUACUAUCGUUCUGGUCGGAUUAGGCAAGCUUAUGCCUUGUUAUCCCAGAAAGCACCUAGUUCAGCACAAUGUAGGUUUUUAUUAGCAAAAUGUUGUUACGAUCUGGAAAAGUACGCGGAAGCAGAAGCUGCGAUAAUUGGAGGGUAUUACAAGCAGUUAAAAAGUCUGGAAGAAAUAAUAAGUCAAUUUGGGGAACAGGCAUGUUUUUCUCUGCAGAUAAUAGCAAAGAUUUAUUACAAGAUGAUGCGUACUGCGAGAGGCAACGAAGCGCAUAAGUUAGCUUUAAAAAUGAAUCCCUUUCUUUGGCAUUCGUUUGAAGAGCUCUGUAACGUCGGCGAAAAGGUGGAUCCUGCCAAGAUUUUUCAAGUAGACAAAUUAGAUUCCUUUGCCAUGUGUCACGGUACUGCGUCUACGCUUAGCUAUGUCACCGAACCAGAUCUUAUUGUACCUGGAAAUAAUGCCAACAAUACACCUAUAUCAAACGGCACUAACUUAACACCAGUGAUGGCACCGACGUUGAUAAAUGGCGGCCAAAUGCGUUUGUGUUCUUCUAUAGAGGAUACUCCGCAAAAUGCGCCAGUUCAUUACAACUGUACCUCGCCGAAAAUCAAACUGUUGCGUUAUCGAAGUAUGUUUAGCAAUUCCAUGAGUCCGCUUACGCCUAGUUUCGGCAUUUUGCCGUUGGAAAAUAAUACACCUGAGUCGACUGUUCCACCUUCGCACACGACUCUCAUGGAGGCCAACGAUCAGAAAAGUCUGGCAAAACGCGUCAGUAGUUUGAGAGCUCAUGUAGGACAAUUAAUGUCAAGGAAAGAGACACCAUUGCAACAAGGCAAAUCGGUAUUUUCGCAAUCGGGUAAUGCAAGCAAUACUGCCAAUAUCGUGACAGUGACAGCCGCUAAUCCGACUUCACCUCCAUCACCGACAUUUCAGAGCACUAACGUUAGACGCUCGUCGCGACUCUUCAGUCACAAUUCAGUAAAAGAGAAUAACAAAUCACCUAAUAGGAAUAAAUUUGCAACUCCAAAGUCUCCAUCUCGGAAGACGAAAGCAAGACUUGCUAAAACAAAUUUGAACAAGACCAACUUCAACGAAUUAAACGAGAGAAAUAGGAACGAGAAGGAGAAGAGCGAAACGAUUACUUCGGAAAAAGCAGUGGCUAAUGCAAAUGCGCUUAACGCCCAAAAUAAUAACAUUCAUUCCGGAAUAACAUUGCAAAAGCAAUCUGCGGAAGGAUUGAUGUCUCUGUUGCGAGAAUUAGGGACAGCGUAUGAGUACUUGAGUCAGUUUAAAUGUUCGCAGGCUGUUGAGAUUUUAAGUAUACUACCAACACAGCAUUAUAAUACUGGUUGGGUACUUUCUAUGUUGGCUCGUGCACAUUUCGAAAUGAUGGAUUACAAAAAAGCUGCUAGUUAUUUUGCGGAAGUGCGACAGUUAGAGCCACAGAGGACAGAACUGAUGGAAAUUUAUAGUACUGUUCUUUGGCAUCUGCAUGCAGAAGUACAGUUGUCUACACUUGCUCAAGAUUUAGUUUCCCAAGACCGUAAUUCGGCGGCAGCAUGGUGCGCCACGGGCAAUCUCUUUUCGGCGCAAACGGAACACGAGACGGCGAUCAAAUUUUUCCAAAGAGCUGUUCAGGUGGAUCCUAAUUUUCCGUAUGCUUAUACAUUGCUAGGACACGAGUAUGUCUUGACUGAAGAGCUAGAUAAGGCAAUUACUGCUUUCCGUAAUGCUAUCAGACUUGAUCCCAGGCAUUAUAAUGCAUGGUUCGGACUGGGAACGAUAUUUUCAAAACAGGAACAAUAUAGUUUGGCAGAGUUACACUUUAAACGGGCCUUACAAAUAAAUCCACAGAAUUCUGCGCUAAUGUGCCACAUAGGCGUCGUGCAACAUGCUCUGAAGAAAACCGACCAGGCAUUAAAAACUCUAAAUACCGCAUUAGUUAAUGAUCCGGAUAAUACUUUGUGCAAGUUUCAUCGAGCGAGCAUCAACUUUUCAAUCGGUCGACAUAUGGAAGCUCUCAGAGAAUUCGAGGAACUAAAGAACAUUAUACCCAAAGAAUCUCUAGUCUAUUAUUCGAUAGGAAAGGUACAUAAAAAAUUAGGCAAUACCCAUCUCGCGUUAAUGUACUUUAGUUGGGCGACGGAUCUAGAUCCAAAGGGUGUUAAUAGUCAAAUUAAAGAAGCUAUAUUGAGUCCCGGUCAAGGAGAUGAUGAUUCUCCACCAACGCAAUCAGUUAUUAUAGCAGAUGAACAGCAAGCACAAAAUAAUUCAAUGGAACAGGACAUCGAAACGAAUAGGGAGGGAAGCGCCGCGCCUCUUGCUGGAAAUGUCUCCGUUGAGCCUCAUGGUGAUGACAGUGAUGACAGUUUAUGAAAACAAUAUGCGAGACUUUCGUGAAAAAAAACGAAGCGUUAUUAUUCUCAUUGAGUCAUUCGAAUUAUUUGUUCGCCGGCCUGGCUUUGCUUGCAGAAUCGAUAAAAUUAUUGAUUCGCUAUCAUUGAUUUAAAUCAAAGCAGUUUUCGAUAUUCUUCGAAAACUGUGAACUGUCUGUGCGAUGUGAUUAGGUUAAAAGAAACCAUUAUAUUAUCCUUUCCGCAUCGUCGAAUUUCUUUUUUGUGUCUUGUGUAAGUUCUUAUACAUAUAUAUAUGUGGAUGCGGUGCCAUUGCGACAACAGAAAAUUCGCGUAUCGUAUCCUUCAUCAACUUGUACAUUACGCGUUUACCUCUGUAUAUUUUUUUACGGUUGCUCUCGAUCGCCUUUUGUAUUUCUUCAUACUUCUUCUUCAAUCGUCGUUCCCUCUUGUGCCUCGUUUCAUAAAAUUCAUUUAAGCCUGGUGCGACGAAAGUUCGCGAAACUUUAAUUUAAACAAGAUUUAAAUCGAAAUAAGAGCAUAUAUAUACAUAUAUACAUAUACGAAAGAAAACAUAUACAUAGUAUCGGGAGUUUUUUCCUAUUUCACGGAGACGAGGUAUUAGAGAUCCACGGUUGAGUAGAAAUUAUCGCAUCGUGAAAAGAAAUGAAAGAAUGUAACCGUAAGCAUGUCUCGUACGUAGUUAGGUAAUGUAAUUAAUUAAUCGUUUUUGAGUAAGAGAGGAAAGAGAGUCUUGUGUAAAUGUAAAUUAUUAUUACCGUGUAUUUACCGCUAUUAUUACUACUACAAUUAGUGCUAUUAUUACUAUUCGUAUGAUUAUCAUUGUUGAUUUAUAUAGUGAUUGUGGAGAUAUAUCGUCGGUCGCUCGGCGUCAGAGCGACCAUUGGACGAUCGUGCAAUUCUCAUCGUGAAAUAAGAUCUUUUAAUCGAUCGAACAUACGAAUUCGCGACUGCAAUUUCGGUGAUUCAAUAAUCGUACGAUUUAUAUUCGGUUUCGAUUUCGAUAACCGGAAUUAGCAUACUCGCACAAAUGUCUAUAUAUAUAUAGAGAAACGCUCGUCGGAUUAUAUUCUUAAUAGUGCUGGACAGAAUUUAUGACGUUUACGACGUCGUUCUUCGUUACCGAUAUUAGGUGUACAAUGCAAACUGUGUCAAUUCCGAAUUUUCCGGAAUAAAAAUCGUUACGUGUUAUUCCUGAAAGUAUAUACGUUCAUCUCUAAUUUCGAGCGAAUUGAGUUACGAUCGUUUAUCGCGCGUGACUGUAACGCUUUAUAUUGUACACGUAAUUAAACGAAAGACACGUCACGAAAAAAGAAAAGCUAAUUGUACUGACUGAGAAAUACGUCUGUGUGAUACAAGA